CUGCAUUUAUAAGGCCACCGCUUUCCCCAAAUCGAGGCGCACACACACGCUUCCCUCACUCUGCUUCACCCACCUCAGCUCAAUCAGGAACCAGUGAGGAGCCACCACCACAGCGAGAGGAACCAUGGCCGAGGUGGUGGUGGUGCCCAAUGUCUGCGGCGGGGGUGGUGCAGGAGGCGAGGGCAAGGCGGAGGAGGGGCAGCAGGGGCAGGGGCAGGUCCUGGCGCUUGUGCUGGCCGCGCUCCGCAAGUCAGUGGUGCUGCCGUGCCAGAUGGUGGACGCCGACGACCCGGCGGGGGCGGCCUGGGGAAUGGAGAUAGGUUGGCCCACCGACGUCCGCCACGUCGCGCACGUCACCUUCGACCGCCUCCACGGCUUCCUCGGCCUCCCCGUAGAGUUCGAGCUCGAGAUCCCCGGCCAGGUCCCCAGCGCCAGCGCGAGCGUGUUCGGGGUGUCGCCGGAGUCGAUGCAGUGCGGUUACGACGACAAGGGGAACUCGGUGCCCAAGAUCCUCCUGCUCAUGCAGGAGAGGCUGUACGCGCAGGAUGGUCUCAAGGAUGAGGGGAUCUUCCGAAUCACUCCGGAGAAUAGCCAGGAGGAGCAUGUCAGGGAGCAGCUCAACAGCGGCGUCGUGCCUCAUGACAUCGAUGUGCAUUGUUUGGCUAGCUUGAUUAAGGCAUGGUUCAGAGAGCUCCCUGAGGGCGUGCUUGAUAGCCUCUCACCUGAGCAAGUCCUUCACUGCAACACAGAGCAGCAAUGCAUUGAGCUUGUGAAGCUUCUUCCGCCAACGCAAGCUGCACUUCUUAAUUGGGUCGUAGAGCUCAUGACUGAUGUUGUUGAAGAGGAGGAAUCAAAUAAGAUGAACGCCCGAAAUGUGGCCAUGGUUUUUGCACCCAAUAUGACACAGAUGUCAGAUCCUCUGACUGCUCUGAUGCAUGCUGUUCAAGUCAUGAACUUACUCAAGACCUUGAUUCUAAAGACACUUCGGGAACGUGAGGAUGAUGAUGCAGGAGCCUAUUCAUCGUUUUCAUCUUCAUCAUCUUUAUCUGAUGAAGUUAACGAGGAGGAUGGCCAUGACCAAGAAGAUGAUGAAAGUGACAGCGACAUUGAGAACUAUAAUGGCAGUGAUAACGGAAGUCUAAAUGAUAUUGACGAGGCCUCUAUAUUAAGAGUGGACAAUGAACAGCUCAUUGGUGUAUCCAGGAGGCACACGUCAAUUGAUUGCCUUUUUCCUGGCAUUAGCAAUGGCAACGACGACGAGAACUUAUCCCUUAAUGAUAUUGAAGAAUGUUUCUUAAGAAGGUUAGAAUCAAAAGCAGUGAGCAAUGGUGCUGAUGGAGAAAAAAGCAGCACCUUUCCUCUCUCCACGAAAGAGGCAGAGCAUCCGAGCUCCUCUGAGAGCAUAGAGGAAUCUUGUACGGCAAACGACAAUACAAGUGACAUGACAAACAGCAUUGACGUAACUAUCAAUGAGCUGAGGCAAAUGGAAAUCAGAAUUGACAUGGCAAAUGCGGAUGUAAGAGGCCCUACGAAAGGGGAGUUAAUUCUUUGCUCAUAAGCAAUCCGUACACGGAUGAGGAUUUUACUUUUGGUUAGUAUCCGUGUAUUUUUAUGUGAAGCUGUAAGUCAGCUCUUCUCAGUCCUUCUGUCAACAUGGGGUUCAAGAACUUUGUCCUUGUAAUAUUCUUGGCACGCUCUCCUGCUUGGGUUGCGUAUUCCAGUAGUUGUGUGGUUAAUUAAGCUGAAACGACCAGUUUCUAGCAAGUUUGGGCCUAUGACAAUUAUUUCAGAGACCAGUUUCUAGCUACUAGGUUUCAAAUCAUGUAGCUGUACUAGAAACAUCUGAAACUAGGUGUAUAUUUGCGUCUUAAUGAACUUCAAGGCUUCAAAUCAUUUAGCUGUACUCUUGUGCAACUAAAAAAAUCUAAAGGA